CGAUAAUGUUAUAAUGGUUGAUAUGCAGUUCAAAAUGUGUAAAAUCGUUUUCUCUACAAUAUGUGAUCAUAACGAAGUCGAAAAAGCAGUGGGCCAAAUGCAGUGGAAAAGCGGGCCCCCUCCUUUCUUAUUUAUUAGUUUUAAAAUACUAAAAAUUACCACAAAAAUAAUCUGUAUUAGGCCUAGUGAUGCUGUUGAUUAUGUUUUAAAACAAUCUGCACAAAAAUUAACUGUACAAUAUUUUUGUGAUCUUCUCAUUCGCUUCGAAUAUGUUACUGACGUUGAUCUUAUACAAUUAACACGUACUGCUUUAUUAAAUAUUCUUUGGAGUAUAUCAUUUAACGAAACAUACAAAAAUCCAAUGAAAAUAAACGACAAUUUUAUGAGCGUUAUCAAAUCUUUAGCAGACAGCAAUGAUAAAAUUGUAACGGAACACUACCUUCCCAAACAUUUAUCGAAUAAUAAAAAGGCUCUUGAUGGUAUUCUGUUCAAUAUAAUUGACCCAUUAGAACCUGUGGUACUAGAAAAAAACUAGUAAAAAGCGUCCAUUGGUAAUGAUUAGUUAUUCACAUACUGAUAAAAAAUUUUGUUAUCAAUUAGUUGAUGCUUUAAAAAUAAGAUGUACUAACGUUGAUUGGUGGACUGAUUUUAUUCGUCAACGUUCCGAUAGAGAAAUGCCUCAAGCUGCUGAUGUCUGGGAAGAGGUUGCUCAUGCCAUCGAAAUAUCAACUACUAUCGUGUCAAUCAUCACUGAAGAUUAUUACAAGGGUAAAUCGUGUCGACAACAACUGGCUUAUGCUAAUGAUACAUUAAAAAAACGUAUUAUUCCAAUAUAUGCAAAUACAGUGAAAGAUUACAGGGCUACUGGACGGUUAAGUAUUCGAAUUGCUCCAUUAAAAUAUAUUCACUUUGGUAAGAAGACAUUUGAUGUAGCAAUAGAAGAGUUAACUGAUAUAAUUUUAGAAUACAUUGAAAUGAAACGGUCAACAAUCGUCGUUACAUGA